AUGGCUCCCAGUGCUACAGAAGUAUGCCAUGGGGGCGAGCCCAGAGAGAACUCGCCCCUGGAGCCCAUAGCUAUCAAUGGAAUGGGAUGCCGCCUACCCGGACAGGUCGACUCGGAAUCAUCAUUCUGGCAGACGCUGGUCGAGAAACGCACGGGUCAAACUCCCAAAGCCCCCGAGAGUCGUUUCGACAUUGACGCUCACUACCACGAGAGACUCGACAGGCCUGGCUUCUUCAACGUUCCCGGAGGCCAUUUCCUGGACGGGCACCCCGAGAACUUUGACCCGACAUUUUUCAAUACCACCCCGGUUAAAGCUCAGUGGCUGGACUCCCAACAGCGCAGGACACUCGAGAUGUGCUACGAGUCGCUGGUCUCGGCCGGCAUCACUUUGGAGCGCAUCUCGGGGUCCAACACAGCCGUCUUCGUGGGAUCGAUCAUGGCUGACUACCAUACAAACGUAGAGCAAAUGUCAACAUGGAACACUGACUUUUGUCACAACUGCGCUGCAACCGGCGUGGACAUCAGGAUAAUCAGUAAUAGAAUCGGACACAUGUUUAACCUGAGAGGACCCAGCUUCACAAUCAACACGGCCUGUUCAUCUUCCAUUUACACGAUCAACGACGCCUGUCGCGCCCUUCGCAUGCGGGACUGUGACGCUAUAAUCACGGCGGGCUUCAACCUGAUCAAGAAGGACGACCAGCACAUGAACACGGCCAAGCUGGGCAUCCUGUCCCCCAAAUUUCACAUGCCACACAUUCGAUGCUUCUGCGGAUGGCUACGCUACGGCAAGGUCGAAGGGGCCGGGACGCUGUUCUUGAAGCGCCUUUUGGACGCUAUCGGGGAUGGCGACCCGAUCGGAGGGGUCAUCCGCUGCUCGGCUGUCAACACGUAG